CUUAUAUUAUACAGUCCCACCCCUGUCAAAUAAAACCGUUUACUUACGACAAAUAACUACCCAUCCAUUAAAGUACGCGGAGGAACGCAGACUCUAAAGACUAACUUACAGCCAACAACCUUAAUUUAUGCAUUUCCUCGCUGAAACGGCACGACUCUCCCACCAGCGAAACAACACCGGAAGCGGGCGGUUAAAGUGAGUGAGCGCGAGCUGAGAGAGAGGAGGGGUAGAAGCACAUGAAAAACUGCGUAGCCCACUGCUGCUGGAGAUUGACGGGGCACUAAGGUUGCCUUUCUGGGUCGUGGACGCUAUCUUGAGCUUCGCUGUACUUUUAUGCGCAACGACAGCGGAUUUAAACGACCGGUCAAGGCUUCCUGGGUUUCCUCUCCAGAAGUUCCUGUUCUUAGAUGGUAACAGAGAGCUUGAAAUAAGAGAGAGAAUAUGGCAGUAUGGAUCCAGGCCCAGCAGUUGCAGGGAGAUGCUCUGCACCAGAUGCAGUCUCUCUACGGGCAACACUUCCCCAUAGAAGUGCGACACUACCUGUCCCAGUGGAUAGAGAGCCAACUCUGGGAUGCAAUAGAUUUAGAGAACCCUCAGGAGGAGAUUAAAGCAAAGCGUUUAUUGGACAGCCUGAUCCAGGAACUACAGAAGAAAGCCGAGCAUCAAGUGGGGGAAGAUGGAUUCUUGCUAAAGAUCAAAUUAGGACAUUACGCUUCCCAGCUUAAGAGCACAUAUGACCGCUGCCCCCUCGAGCUGGUGAGAUGCAUCAAACACAUUCUGUACACAGAGCAAAGGCUUGUGAGAGAGGCUACGAAUCAGUCGAGCUCACCGGUAGGCGGGCUGAUUGACAGCAUGUCUCAGAAGUACCAUCAGAUAAAUCAGGUGUUUGAGGAGCUCCGAAUAUUGACGCAGGACACAGAAAAUGACCUCAGAAAACUACAGCACAACCAAGAGUACUUCAUUAUACAGUACCAGGAGAGCCUCAGAAUACAGGCCCAGUUAUCGAGUCUGGCCACGCUGCCCCCAGCAGACCGACAGCUACGAGAGCCCAGUCUGCUCAGCAAGAGAGCCACAGUAGAGGCCUGGCUGACCCGAGAGGCCAAUACCCUGCAGAAAUACAGACUGGGCCUGGCAGAGAAACACCAGAAGACGUUGGCAUUGCUACGGAAACAGCAGACGGUGAUUCUUGACGAUGAGCUGAUUCAGUGGAAGAGACGUCAACAGUUGGCUGGCAACGGUGGGCCCCCCGAGGGAGGACUGGACAUACUACAGUCAUGGUGCGAGAAGCUAGCUGAAACCAUUUGGCAGAAUCGGCAGCAGAUCCGGAGGGCGGAGCACCUGAGGCAGCAGCUGCCCAUUCCAGGCCCCAUCGAAGAGCUGCUCACCGAACUCAACAGCACCAUCACUGAUAUCAUCUCAGCUUUAGUUACCAGUACCUUCAUUAUCGAGAAGCAGCCUCCACAGGUGCUGAAAACGCAAACCAAAUUUGCUGCGACAGUGCGUUUGCUGGUGGGCGGCAAACUCAACGUACACAUGAACCCGCCACAGGUCAAAGCCACCAUCAUCAGCGAGCAGCAGGCCAAAUCCCUGCUGAAGAACGAGAACACCAGAAAUGACAGCAGCGGAGAGAUCUUAAAUAACAACUGUGUGAUGGAGUACCACCAGGCCACAGGCACCCUGAGCGCACACUUUAGAAACAUGUCUCUAAAGCGGAUCAGACGCUCAGACCGGCGAGGGGCGGAGUCUGUUACCGAAGAGAAAUUCACCAUUUUAUUUGAGUCACAGUUUAGCGUUGGGGGAAAUGAGCUGGUAUUUCAGGUUAAGACUCUCUCUUUGCCAGUGGUGGUGAUCGUCCAUGGAAGUCAAGACAACAAUGCAACAGCCACCGUUCUGUGGGACAAUGCAUUUGCUGAACCGGGACGGGUGCCAUUCAUCGUGCCUGACAAAGUGUUGUGGCCGCAGCUGUGUGAAGCUCUGAAUAUGAAGUACAAAGCGGAGGUACAAUCAAACCGAGGUCUGUCUGAGGAGAACCUGGUCUUCCUCGCUCAGAAAGCCUUUAGCAACUCCGGCAUCAACCCUGAGGACUACCGCAACAUGACCAUGACCUGGUCACAGUUUAAUAGGGAGAGUUUACCAGGACGGAACUUUACAUUUUGGCAGUGGUUUGAUGGUGUCAUGGAGCUCACUAAAAAGCAUCUGAAGCCUCACUGGAAUGAUGGGGCGAUUCUUGGUUUUGUGAAUAAGCAGCAGGCUCAGGACAUGCUGAUGUCCAAACCCAACGGAACCUUCCUGUUGCGCUUCAGUGACUCAGAAAUAGGUGGCAUCACCAUAGCCUGGGUGGCGGAGAACCCAAACAAAGCAGGAGAAAGAAUGGUAUGGAACCUCAUGCCGUACACAACCAAAGACUUCUCCAUCCGCUCGUUGGCCGAUCGCAUCAGCGACCUGAACCAUCUGCUGUUCCUCUUUCCUGACCGGCCCAAAGACGAGGUCUUCUCCAAAUACUACACCCCUCCACUGUCUAAAGCGGUGGAUGGAUACGUGAAACCACAGAUCAAACAAGUAGUACCCGAGUUUGCAACACCUAAUCCUGACCCCGCAGCAAAUCCCACCUACAUGGACCAUGCGGCAUCUCCAGCUGUCAAUCACCAGCCUAACUAUCUCUAUCCUCCCAUGGGUGACCCCAUGCUGGACGCUGAUGGCGAUUUCGAUCUGGAUGACACCAUGGAUGUAGCGAGACACGUGGAGGAGCUGCUCCGUCGACCAAUGGAGGGCCAGUGGAGUGGCCAGCAGUCAUGACCUCUUGACCUUCACUCUGUGACUUCUAUCUCUAAAUAAUGUUUUCUGUUUUAAUUCGACACACUUUCUCCUCCUUUGUCUUGUUUUUAUGUGGGUCUUUGUGACUUUCGUUUCUUUCUCUACGUCUGUUUUUUUUUCAGUUUACCUCUUUGUUACUUUGUUUUUAAAAAAAAGAGAAAGAAGCUAAUGAAAUAAUGAUAUACUGUGAGCCUUCCUGUAAUAAAAUACCACCAAACAGUAUUGUUGAAAAACUCAACUAAUGCAUGUAAUCAUUUCUUUUUUUUCUCGAAAUGUGACUCUGCGAGACCUUCGAAACGAAAUGUACUACUGUAAGGAACUUCUUGUUUUCAAAAAACUGCCAUUUUUUUAGGGAGGUGUUCAGAUAUCUAUCUUGAGAUCCAAGCAUCUAAAGAAAAUGCGUAUUGUCCUUUGCACUCUUAAACAAAUGCUUUCUUGCAGAAGAUGACAUCGUUGUUACAAAGUCAAUUGCAAUGUAAUGCUUCUGUACACUAAAGAGAGUUUAGGUUGCAAGGCUGAAAAUAUUCGGUGCACCCAUGGGGGCAUCCCCAGGUUGAAUGGGACUUGUCAAAUCCUUACUGUCUGUUUUUUGCCCGAAAUGCACACAUCCCCUAAACCAGCAACACACGACCUGUCACUCAGAGAUUCUGAGAAAAAACAUAUGCGUCUGCUCUCAUUCAUCCCCUGCAUUGGGUCGUGCUGUAAAGGUUUUAAAUGCAACAGAAACACACAGGGGGCAAAGAGAGGUCGGCUAACCAAAUCGCCCUCUCCAACCACGCUACACUACACAUCCUGCAAAAAAAUAAGCAUCUCAAUCCAGCCUGUGCUGGUUUUAGAAGGGUUGCCCAGGCUUGGAGACAUUUGUAGGCGUUUUUCUGCAGGUCUCUCUCUUUCUCUGUAAGCUCUCAUCAACACAACAGGUGCAUUGACCUCAUCUUUCCUCAUGCUUCUCUCUGAACGUGCAAAACAAGAGCCCCCGUUGUCAUGGUUACACAUGCUGUUCCUAUGCUGGCCAUCGUAUAGGUUUAGCCUUUCUUGAUGUUACUUGUUAUCAACAUGCAUGUACACACAUUACCUUACAUGAAGCCUUGCCCACUCAGGACAUUGACACACACUUGAUGUAAAAUACAAAUUCUUAUUAAAACUAACCAGCAAAAGUGCAUAUAUUCAGUAUAUAUAUGAAUUUAUUUUUAGUCAGCAUAUUUCUAUUUUAUUAUUGUGGAAGCUUAAUGCAACUGUGUAGCUUUUCUGUGUCUCACGUCGGUAGUUGAAGGACCUUAUAACCUGAAAUAAGUUUCUGCUAUGCCCAAAAAACUUCAACCAUUAUCAGAUGGGAAAGCAAUAGGACGUACAUUUUGUUGCGCUGUAGUUUUGUUGUAAUUCUCAUCAGAGCUUUCACAUUGAAACUAAAAGAGACAAAGUGCUUGAAAGAACUGUUAGAAAUAAAAUUCUUCAAAUUCUGUCAUCAUUUACUCACCUUCAUGUCUUUCAAAACCAAAAACAGUUUCUUUUUUUUCACGAAAAGCAAAAUGGGUUAUUUUUAGCAUUCAGUGGAACAGGGUUUCGGUGAAUAAAGACUGGAAGUGUGUCUGUUUUUCACACAAAGAUCUUGUAUGGCUUGAAGAUUUGGAAUAUCAUGUGAGUGUUAUAGUGAACUUUCCCUUUUAUUUGUUACCUGCAAAUCUAUCUGAAUGAAUUAGGCCUGUAUCAUAAUCAAUGGUUUGGUUGGAUCUUGGUUUCUUAAGUUUCCUUUUGUCCUCUCUCGCUCUCUCUCUCUUUCUUUGCAGAAACGGACAGCAGAAACACAAACAAUAGGAAGUUGUGUGAUUUUUAUUGUCCAUUUAUUCUAAAUGAUCUGUCAUGUUGUGUAAACUCUGUCACACUGUAGGUGUCAAUGUGAGCGUGUGAGUGUGUUGGCAUGUUCAGCUUGUUUUGUGUUCGUCCUCUGUUUUUUUGGUUUGGCUGUAGAAAGAAAAAUUGAAUUGACAAUAAAGGUUUUUUAAAUAA